UCACAGGGUCUCUUGUCGAAUAGGUGAAAGGUUAACGCAGCCGACGCUGGUAUUCAUCAAUCGCGACAGACGCUGAGUAGCCGGUUAAUGUCUAGAGGUGGUCUGUUCAAACAUUUCCUUCGUAAUGGACGAAGGGAGCCUGGAGGCUGCCAUUGAGACUUACAAUGCCCAAUUACAGCAGGUGGAAACUGCAUUGGGGGCUGGGCUGGACCCCUCCCAACAGCUGGACCUCUUAAAACUGAGAGACGAUUUACUGCAGCUGAUAGAGCUCACAGAGUCGAGCCUCGUAUCGGUGAAGAAGAGCAAGCUGCUAGCUAGUUUGGAAGGGGGGUCGGCCUCACAGUUGGAGCCCAAAGCAGAGGAACCAGAGCCCGGUGACACUGACCAGGAGUAUGCUGCUUUUUGUGCUGCUAUUGCUGAACCUUCACCUGCUAAUUCCAAUAGUAAAAACAUAACUGAAUCCAGUCAGGUUCCUAAUCCAGACCAUUUUCAGAAUGGGGAGGAGGAGGAAGAUGGUGAUGAUGAUGAUGAAGAAGAUGUGAUGAGUGGGACAAAAGUCCACGCCCCCCACCACACCUCCUGGGGAACAUUAGAAUAUCACAAUGCCAUGGUUGUGGGUGUUGAAAACUCUGAAGGUGCCGAUCCACAGGUCCGAGUUUUGUACAUCCACCCAACACAUAAAUCUAUGAAACCUUGCCCUUUCUUCUUGGAAGAUAAGUGUCGGUUUAUGGAGAACUGCAGAUUCUCCCAUGGAGAGGUGGUAUUGGUGUCUGAGCUUCGUCAGUUUCAGGAAUCGGACCUCAGUUCUCUGGAAGUGGGAUCAUCCUGUUUAGCCAGACAUGAGGAUAGCAUCUGGUACCCAGCCACAAUUACAGAUAUUGACAGCGGUUACUACACUGUCAAAUUUAAUUCACUUCUGCUGAAGGAGGCAGUGGUGGAGGGGGAUGGUAUAAUCCCACCAAUGAGAAGAGAGGAGGAAUCUUCAUCGGAUUCAGACGAUGAGGAGCUGGGCGAGAAUUCAGCCUAUGCUAAAGUGGUAGAUUCUCCAUCCACAGAGACAGAGGGGUUGACCUCUUCCUGUAGCUCAGGAUUUGCAGGCUGGGAGGCUCACACUAGAGGCUUUGGAUCCAAACUGAUGGCGAAGAUGGGCUAUGAAUUUGGGAAAGGUUUAGGGAGAAACGCUGAGGGGAGAGUGGAGCCAGUCCAGGCGGUGGUCCUACCCAAAGGAAAAUCCCUGGACCAGUGUGCUGAACUCUUACAGAAGAAAAAGGAGGGAAAACCAAGAAAACGCAGGAGGAAAGGCAGAAAUGGGCCCGGCGCUUCCACAGAGCGGAAACCUAAACAGAACGUGUUUGACUUUUUAAAUGACAAGCUUGGUGCGGGAGGACACCGCGGUGGAUCUCAGACGGAGCCCCCUUCAGCUGUGAAGAGCAGUAAAGAGAGCUAUCAGGGGGGGAAGAACGCAAACAGGACUCUCAAUGUCAGACUCUUUCAAACUACAGAGAGAGUUGAGCAGAUACAAAAGGAAAUAAGUCGCAUAAUGGAAUCUCUUACCAGGAAUGUUGGAAGGGAUAAGGCAAUGACCACUCGCUUGGAAGAGAAGCUGUGUAGUGCCAGGAAGCAGCUGGAACAGUUCAAAGCUCAGGAGGUCAGUAUUCAGAACGAACAGAGGAAAGUGAACACACACAAGAAGAUGACCACAUUUUGACUGCUGUAUUUUUUAUUUUUUUAAUGCCAGAACUUUUUUUUCUUUGGCAGACAAUACUCUGUAUUUCAUAUAUCCCGUCUGACGCCACAUUUUUUGUUUUUGGAUAUCCCUGGGAAUCUGUCUGCCACAGAUUGUACUGCAGGUAUAAAUGUUGGAAGAAUUGGUUGUUUCACUGUUGCAGUUUCUGGAAUGCCACACUCCUUGCUUGUGGAUAGUGCUGUGCGUUACUCAUGAGAGCAUGUACACAUCUAGGUUGGAAAAAGUGGUGCUACCGGACAGCAUUUUAUUUAGCAAUUGGAAAUGUAUGAAUGAAUUUGGACAAUGAAGUCAUCCACAACUAACAAGCAUUGCCAAUGUUUAUCCAGAAACUUUUUUUUUUCUUUUCUUUUUUAAAUCAAAAUGGUCAUAAAAUCUAGAGAAAGUGGUCUUUUGAAAUCUGUACAGUUGUAUUUAUGAUAUUAUUAAACAUGAAAACAUGUCGAAACUCA